GAGGCAUCAUCGACGCUCUGAGCGAUUUGCUCGAGAAGGCCGAGAAGCAGCUUGACGGGCUCCGCAAGGCGGAGACCGCCAACGUCCAGAGCUUCGAGAUGCUGAAGCAGGGCCUGGCCGACGAGAUCAAGAACGGCGACAAGGACAUGGACGACGCCAAGAAGGGCCUCGCGGCCAGCCAGGGCGCGAAGGCCACGGCGGAGGGCGACCUCGCGGCCACGUCCAAGGACCUGCAGGCCGACCAGGACGCGAAGGCCACGCUGCACUCCAAUUGCAUGGAGAAGGCCGAGGAUUUCGAGGCGGAGGUGAAGAGCCGCGGGGAGGAGCUCAAGGCCCUCGCCACCGCCAAGAAGGCCAUCGAGGAGGCGACCGCUGGCGCCGAGGAGCAGAGCUACUCGCUGUUCCAGACGGCCGCCGAGGCCUCCUCCACUGGCUCCGAGGUGGUGCGCGCGGUGCGGAGGCUCGCGGAGAGCUACAACUCCAGCUCCCUCGCGCAGCUGGCCAUGCAGGUGGCCUCGACGGUGCGCGUCACGGAGAGCUCUGGCGAGGACCCCUUCGCGAAGGUUAAGGGCCUCAUCACUGAUAUGAUUGAGACGCUUGAGAAGGAGGCGGCUGCCGACGCGGAGCACAAGGCCUUCUGCGACAAGGAGCUGGGCGAGAACGAGGCGAAGGAGCAGGACAAGCUGGCAGAGAUCGAGAAGCAGACAACCAAGAUCGACGGGUGGACCGCCUCGGCCGCCAAGCUGAAGGCGGAGGUCGCGGCGUUGCAGAAGGCGCUGGCGGACCUCGCGUCGUCCCAGAAGGAGAUGGACACGAUCCGUGAGAAGGAGAAGGCGCUGUACGAGAAGAACAAGCCCGAGAUGGAGAUAGGCCUCGAGGGCGUGAAGACGGCGCUCAAGGUCCUCAGGGACUACUACGCGUCCGAUGACAAGGCGCACUCGUCCGCGGAUGGCGCCGCGGCCGGCAUCGUCGGGCUCCUAGAGGUGUGCGAGUCCGACUUCUCCAAGAACCUCGCUGAGAUCAUCUCCACGGAGGAGGCCGCCGUCGCGGAGUACGAGGAGCAGACCAAGGCCAACGAGGUUGAGACGGCGGAGAAGGAGCAGGACGUGAAGUACAAGACGCGGGAGGCCGCCAAUCUCGAGAAGUCCACCGCCGAGGAGAAGGCGGACAGGUCGGGCGUGCAGAAGGAGCUCGACGCGGUGCAGAAGGUCUUGAAGAGCCUCCACGCCCAGUGCGACGAGACGGUCACUCCGUACGAGGAGAUGAAGCGCCGCCGCGAGGCGGAGAUCCAGGGCCUCAAGGCGGCGCUCGACAUCCUCGAGGGCGAGGCGGUGCUCCUGCAGCGCAAGAACCACCGGGCGCCCAGCACCCUGGCACAUGGAGCGCGCAGGAGGCGCGCGCGAGCGCGUUGUGAGUCGGGGCAGCGUAGGUGUGUGACGGUAACUUCUGGCGCGAAGAGAAUUCGCGUGCCUCGCGCGUCGCUGCCUGGGCAGGCCACCUGCGCUUCUCCAGGGUGGCCUCGCGAGGCUGCGACCAGCUGCGACACAGACCCCUGCGGGUCCAAUCGACCCCAGGCUUUCUGACACCC